AUGGGAAAGUUGUUAGGUAUCCGAAUAGCUGACAGCCAUUCACCUACACACUCAUCUACAAACUUAUCAACGUGUUCCUCAAAUCAAAACAAAAGAAAACGUUCUUGGUCUAGAGCUGUGUUCAGUAAUUUACAAAGAAAAGGACUCGAAAGGAGAUUCCAGCUACAGAAGUACAUCACAAAACCUGACAGGAGGCAACUGGCAGCUACACUUGGUUUAACUGAUGCGCAGGUCAAAGUUUGGUUCCAAAAUAGAAGAAUGAAAUGGCGACAUUCUAGAGAGGGGCAAAAUGGAGAAAAUGCAGCAGCAGAUUCAACGCAAGAAGAAUUACAUAUAGAUGUGGACACUGUUACAGAUGAUGCUGAUUGA